GUGGAGAUCACAGCAGUGUGUGGAUUGUGUUGUUUAAGCACUCCUCAGCUCUCAAUUGAGUUCUGAGAGACAUUUCUGCAAUUCCUAGAUCUAGGAUUCCAUACUCCUCUUCUUUUGAAGCUCCGCUCCCAUCUAUCUCGAGAUGAUCAGAAAAGAGCCUCCUCAUUCAGAAGAUCUACUAUACAGAGCGUCUUCGUCGUCGACCUCUCCAUAUGUAGGUGAUAAUGAUGGAACCAAAAGGCUAAAGGGAACUGAUUACGAAGUGUUCUUGAGCUUUAGAGGAGAAGACACUCGCAAAGGCUUCACUGAUCAUCUCUAUACUAGCCUUGUUGAUGCAGGAAUUCGCAUGUAUAGAGACAACGAUGAGCUCCGAGUUGGUGACGAGAUUGGUCCGGAGCUUCUCCGCAGUAUCAUGCAGUCUAAGAUUUCAAUCCCGAUUAUAUCUGAGGAUUACGCUUCCAGCAAAUGGUGCCUUCAAGAGCUGGCUCAGAUGUUGAAGUGUAGGAGAAGCGGAGAGCAAGUAGUGUUGCCCAUAUUUUACAAGGUGGAACCCUCACAAGUGCGACAUCUCAAGGGGAGAUUUGGAGAUGCCAUCAAUGCACAUCAAAAGAAUUCAGAUCAAAUGGUUGUGAAGGAAUGGGAAGAAGCGCUCAACGAAGUCAGUUCUUUAAAAGGAUGGGAAUCGGAGAAAAUAAAUGAUGGGCAUGAAGCGGCAUUAGUGAAAAGAGUCAUCAUAAGAGUUAUGAGCGAGUUAAAAAAACUUUUCCACCUAAGUGUUCCUGAACAAUUGGUGGGAAUUGAUGAUCAUGUGAAAUGGAUUAUGAGCAAGCUAGAUGCUAAUUUCAAUGGUACAUGGAUCAUUGGAAUUUAUGGAAUGGGCGGCAUCGGUAAGACAACUCUUGCAAAGGUGUUAUACAACAAGCUAUUUAGCGAUUUUGAGAAUCGUUGCUUUGUGGCUGAUAUUCGAGAAAGAUCUCAACACAAUGGUAUCGAAUGCCUACAAAAGCAGCUCAUUUCUAAUGUGAUAGGAGGAUCGUGGGAGGUGUCUAAUGUCGAUGACGAAAUCCGUGUACUCAAAUCUCGAUGUACAAGUAAGAAAGUCCUCGCUCUUCUUGAUGAUAUGGAUGAUGAUACUCACUUGGAUGCUUUGGUUGGAGACGGUAGUUGGUUUAAAGCAGGAAGUAUAGUCAUCAUCACAACUAGAAACAAGAGUAUUCUUGACAAGGUUAGAGCUAGCCACUUGUAUGAACUUGAAAAGUUGCCUUCGAAGCAAUCGUUGAUUUUAUUUAGUAGACAUGCAUUUCGAAAUGAUUUUCCUCCGAGUGAUUAUGAGGAUAUAUCUGAUGAUAUCGUAUCUAUUACUGGGGGCCUUCCUUUAGCACUUCAAGUUAUAGGUUCAUUCUUAUGUGGAAAGCCAAAGGAAACAUGGAAAGAUACGUCAAAUAAACUGAAGAGAAUUCCUGAUAAGAAAGUGCAAGAGAGGUUAAGGAUAAGUUAUGACGCAUUAGAUGAUGAAGAGCAACAGAUUUUUUUGGAUAUUGCAUGUUUUUUCAUUGGAUUGUCUAAACAAUAUCCAACUUAUAUGUGGAAUGCCUGUGAUUUUUACCCGGGGAAAGGGCUUGAAGUAUUAAGUCUUAUGUCCCUAAUUAAAAUUGACAAAAAUGGCACGCUAAUGAUGCAUGAUCAACUGAGAGAUCUUGGAAGGGAAAUUGUUCGUUUAGAACAUCCAAAGAAGCUUGCAAAACAUAGUCGGAUAUGGACUAAUGAGGAAGCUGAAGAUGUGCUUGAGAGCAACAAGGGCACUUGUAAGAUUAAGGCCCUUCGUCUUUGCUAUAAUAAAUGGGAAAGCUAUACUAUGAAAAGCUACCGAGGUGAACAAUUUAACAAACUCACCAACUUGAGGUUCCUUCAUAUAUGCAAUGUGGCAACUAAUUUGAAAGUUCUCGACCUCUCGUGUUGUGAAAAUCUGAGAAGAACUCCUGACUUGUCUGCUUUUGAAAGCUUGGAGAUUUUGAAUCUUAACCACUGUUGGAGUCUAGAAGAAAUUCAUCCUUCUGUAUGGUAUAUUAAGACGCUUGUCUCCUUGGACGCUUAUGAGUGUGAAGAACUAGAGAAGCUACCAGUAAGAGUAGGGAGAAUGGAAGAAUUGAGAGAGCUUCCAUGCUAUGAUAAAAUUGCUCAGCUUCCUGAAUCCAUGGCUUCCUUUGAGUCAUUAACUAGGCUGGACUUAUCUUUUACAGGGAUUAAAGAAUUACCUGAAUCCAUUGGUUCUAUGAAGGCGCUAGAGACUCUUUUGGCCCGUGGGUGUGAAUUAGAUUGCAUACCCAACUCCAUAGGCAAUCUAGCAUCUCUAACUCUCCUUGACCUAUCAGAAUGCAAGUUAUUGAGAGAGAUCUCUAACUCGAUUGGAAAGUUGGCAAAACUCCAAGUGUUGCAUGUAAAUGAUUGCAAAAAUUUGGAAGGAUUGCCUAGUGAUAUAGGCGAAAACUCUACCGGUUGGUUGAUAUCUGGAAGGACUGCUAAAUAA